AUGAGUGCGCACUGCAUAUUGCUGCAUAUUCUCGCAGAGUUCCGAAAGGGAAAAAACACUAAAAUAUCAGAGCUAGCAGAAUCAAUGCAGAUAAGCAGACAGGAGUGCAUAAGCUCUCUGCAGCUGCUCGUAUCGCAGCUGGAAGAGUUGGGGUACACUCUUUUGUCAGGCCACACAUCAAGAAUAGAUGAGAGCGGAAAGACCCUGUCACCCGAUGCCACCACAGUUCAGUACACCCAUUUAUCUGAGUCAUUUAAAAAGUGCGACUUUGUCUAUCUUGUCAAAACAAGGGAAUGCACCGAAGAGGAGAAUGAGUUUGUAAAUAGACACGUUUCUGAAAUAGUGUUUGUCUACACUGUGCUGUACCUGAAUGGAAGUGAGAUGGAGUACGAGCGAGUGGUAAGCGCCCUGUGGCAGAUAGGAGGGAAAGAAGAGCUGCUGAAAGAGAUCAUCAGCAAAAAGUACUUCAACAAGAAAAAAAGAAACGAGGAGUUCUUCGUACGGCCCUGCUGGAAGUUCUUCUUGGAGUUUCCAAAGUUUUCACCGCAGGAGUACAUUGCGUCACUCAAAUCAUCCAGUGUAGUGUAA